AUGGAUGCAUUCAGAGCAUUUGAGAAUGAGUCGCUCUUGCCCAGUUCCUCUGGUCCUGCCAGCUGGGAUCCCUUCCGACGUCCCUUGGACUCCAUCCAGCCCUGGCACUUCAGGCUCCUGGCAGCAGUAAUGUUGGUGGUGACCUCCCUGUCGCUUGCUGAGAACCUGGCUGUAAUCCUGGUAACUUUUAAGUUCAAGCAAUUGAGACAACCUGUCAAUUAUGUUAUAGUCAAUUUGUCUGUGGCUGAUUUCCUGGUCUCGCUGACUGGUGGCACCAUCAGCUUUCUAACAAAUCUGAGAGGUUAUUUUUAUAUGGGAUACUGGGCUUGUGUACUGGAAGGAUUUGCUGUCACAUUUUUUGGCAUCGUUGCUCUCUGGUCUCUUGCUCUGCUGGCCUUCGAGCGGUACGUUGUGAUCUGCCGGCCCUCGGGGAACCUGCGCCUGCAGGGCAGACACGCAGCCCUGGGCAUCGUCUGUGUGUGGGCCUUUUCCUUCGUCUGGACCGUUCCACCAACCAUGGGCUGGAGCAGUUACACCACCAGUAAGAUUGGAACUACCUGUGAGCUUAACUGGUACUCAGGAGCUUAUGCUGACCAUACGUACAUUAUUGUGUUCUUCACCACCUGUUUUAUAGUGCCUUUAGUGGUGAUUUUGGUAUCCUAUGGAAAACUGGUGCAGAAGCUAAAAAAGGUGUCAGAAACACAGGGCAGGCUCAGAACUACCAGGAGACCGGAAAGACAAGUGACCAGAAUGGUGGUUGUCAUGAUUGUUGCUUUUCUGAUCUGCUGGAUGCCAUAUGCCGCCUUCUCCAUCCUCGUCACUGCAGACCCCUCCAUUGAGCUGGAUCCUUGUCUGGCAGCAAUCCCAGCCUUCUUUUCCAAAACAGCUACUGUUUAUAAUCCAAUUAUUUAUGUCUUUAUGAACAAACAGUUCAGGAAGUGUCUGAUUCAAAUGUUCAGUUGCAAUGCCACGGGAGUUGCAGAGUCCAACACGAACCCAAGUUCAGAGAGAGCAGCGCUAACCCCGGACAGGGGAGGCAGCCAGAUGUCCACCGUGGCAGUUCAUAGCACCUCUUCUGAAAGGAAAACUGGAGAUGAACGUGGAAAUUGCCAAGCCUUUGCUCAUUUGGCAUCCUCAGAAAACAAAAUUCAUCCCAUGUAG